UCGCAUUACUGUCUUAUUUCUCUUUUUGUGUUGAUAUUAUGAAUUGAUAACCGGGUUGAUAUUGAUAACAACAUUCGCUACGUACUUAUAUUAAAUCGCUACAGAAUACUACAGGAUAGUCAUUCGCGCUACAGUUACCUAGCACAAUGAACGCUUAAGCAUAUCAGCACCUGUUCAGUCGCUAAUUUUCAUUAAUUUCAUUUGCCGACUCAAUCGUCGUCCUAAAAGUAUUAUUUGCUAAAUUUUCUUGUAGUUUGUAUAAAAUGGCAGAAAGGCAAACUAAAAAUAGAGUUUGCAUCGUUGGGUCAGGAAAUUGGGGUUCAGCAAUCGCAAAAAUUGUUGGAAAAAAUGCAGCCAGACUACCAAAUUUUGAAGACCGUGUUACCAUGUGGGUAUUUGAGGAAAUUAUUGAAGGGAAGAAAUUAACAGAAAUUAUUAAUGAAACACAUGAAAAUGUCAAAUAUUUGCCAGGACACAAAUUACCACCAAAUGUGGUUGCUGUUCCUGAUGUGGUGGAAGCUGCAAAAGAUGCUGAUAUCCUCAUCUUUGUUGUACCUCACCAGUUCGUUAGAAAAAUUUGUUCGACUCUACUUGGCAAAAUUAAACCUACGGCCGCUGCGCUGUCAUUAAUUAAGGGCUUCGAUAUCGCAGAAGGCGGUGGCAUUGAUCUGAUUUCUCACAUCAUCACAAGAUGUUUGAAAAUUCCUUGUGCAGUGCUCAUGGGAGCUAACAUUGCGUCCGAGGUGGCUGAAGAAAAAUUCUGCGAGACCACAAUCGGGUGCCGCGACGCGAUUCUCGCGCCCAUCUUGCGAGACAUCAUACAGACAGAGUAUUUCAGGGUUGUAGUCGUUGAUGAUGAAGACGCUGUAGAGAUCUGCGGAGCGCUCAAGAACAUCGUUGCUGUGGGAGCUGGAUUCGUAGACGGUCUCGGUUACGGUGACAACACGAAAGCGGCAGUGAUCCGGCUAGGACUUAUGGAAAUGAUCAAAUUCGUCGAUGUAUUUUACCCAGGCAGCAAGUUAAGCACGUUCUUCGAGUCGUGCGGGGUUGCCGACCUUAUAACCACUUGCUACGGUGGCAGAAACAGGCGCGUUGCGGAAGCCUUCGUGAAAACCGGCCGCUCCAUAAAAGAAUUGGAAGAUGAAAUGUUGAAUGGACAGAAACUUCAGGGGCCAAUCACUGCGGAUGAAGUCAACCAUAUGCUUGCUAACAAAAAUAUGGAAAACAGGUUUCCACUGUUCACAGCUGUUUUCCGUAUCUGCCGAGGCGAGCUAAAACCUAGCGACUUCAUUAACUGCAUCCGUACUCACCCAGAACACAUGGAACAGCCGCCGCCAAAAAGUUCUCUGUGACCUGAGUGACGCGCCCCAUCAGUGCUUGACAUCAACUUGAGAUUAUCGCAUUCCAGUCAACUGCACCCACUGCACAUGUCACUACCCGAGACAUUGCUAUUAAAAUUAACCAUCUUAAUUUACAAAUUGGUUAAACCAUAAUCAAUUAUCUAUUUAUAUUAAUUCAUUAUGUUUUUCACAUUUUCCAGUAUCAUUAUGUAAAUCGUAUAGCACUUAAAACAUCUACAUGUGUAUAAUAGUUUUCAUCAUUUAAAUAUGUGUGUUGUCAAAGGUAAUUAUUUCUAAAUAAUUCGUCUUUAUUAUAAUAUGAUGAGCAUUUACAAUACGAGGGUCUGUCGGUGCAAUAAGUUAGAAGGCAGUAAAGAGCGCAGAUUUUUGUAAUAGAAAUCUAAAAACUUUUUUCAAUAUGUACAAAACAAUUAAUUAAUUAUUUUAUUACUAUGUGCGUGUAUAAGUAAAUUUAUACUUGACUAAUAAUACACAGCUAAUGUUAAAUAAUACAAGCUAUAAUAAAUAUGUAGAGGUAUAUACUAUCAUGACACUACAUUGAAAAUACAUCAGCAAGAAUAUAUAUUGGCCGAUGUGAAUGUAAAGUACACAUUCACAUCGGCCAAUUUAUAUUAGAUAUAUAAACUGCUUGUAAAUUAUGUCACUGUAAACGUAAGUUUUUUUUAUAAUCUAGUUAACAAAAAAAGUAAUUUUUGUAAACUCAUUAUAAAAACUUAAUAGGUGGAUUUUCUGCUGAUGAUACCUCUUACUGUAAAUGCUAUAAGUGUGCACAUAGUAUAAUGGAAAAAGUAGAAUAUGAUUAUCAUUGUGAUAAUCAGGUGCUAAUGUUUCACUUAUUUUGAUUCAUAAUGCAUUACUAUUAUGGUUUAAUCAAUAUUUUAUCAUUUAAUUAAAACAAAUCUGAAUCAUUGCAAUGCACUAAUGUUUUCUAAAUAGUGGUAUAAUCGAAUCGUUUUAAUAUUACAAUAAAAAUUUUUGGUUUGUUGUUAUUUGAAUGAAUUAUGUUAAUACAUCCGACAAAAAUUAGUUAUAUUCGUAAGAUUAAGUGAAAUUAAAUAAAUAUAUUAAAAGCUGAAUUGUACAAUUUAGAAAACAAAAUUCAUUUGCACUUUUACCAUGUGAAUUUUGUGAUUGUUUGUGAUGUAUUUAAAUUAUAUGUUAGUCUCUCUUCUUGCCAUCAACUUUUUUAAGAUUAUACAAUUUUACUUAAAUAUGAAUGAUAUUGAUGUGCUUCAGAAUAUCUAGUGAUGCAUUUAGACUUCUAAGCACAUCGAAUUUACCUUUAAAAGUGAACUAUUAUUUUUAAAAAGUCUGCAGGUUUUAUAGUAAAAAACUUAAUAGGUUAAAAUGGUAUAGUGUAGUGCUUGGGCUUGGUGAUCAAGUUUGUAUCAAUUAUUAGGAAUUAUUAUUAGUGAAUAAUUUAUUCACUUUUUUAGAUAACAGCCAGAUUGGUUAAAAUACCAAUGUUUCAUUUUAAAAGAAAUUAUUGAUUAGAAAAAAAAAUGUGUUAUUAUAAUUCCGCCGGAGUCCUAAUUCGACGGAUAUUUAUAAGCAGCCAUUUUGUCCUAGUCUAUAUUUUAACAUUUUAUUAGAUUAUUAUAUGUACUUAAAUGUUGCAUUACAAUAGUGACGAUAAUGUGCAAUAAACUUCUAGCUUAUAUAACUAGUCCAACAAAAAUAUAAAAUGGCAGUGCCUAGACCAAUUUUAAAAUGAAACCGCUGGCUCGGGAUUUUUUAAUAUUAUUUAAUAGACACUGUAAUACAUGAGGGGAAUAAAAUUUUACUAAAUGUUACUUUUGUUGUAUCAUUCGUAGUUUGCACACAAAGUUUCAGUGUUGUGAAAUAACAUACUUAUUCAUUUCACACUAUAGCUGUUAUAUCGAAUUUGUCACUUGUUUUACAGGCAGAAUACAAUCAUCAUGAAAACAGAAGUCUUAUAAAACUAAACAAAUGUAAAUUGCACAGUAUUUGUGCUUGCACAUAUCUAUUUAGUUUAUUUUUUUCAGGGUACGGAUAGUUAGAAAAUCACAUUGCUGUAUAAGUUAAAAAUAAGAGGUAAGACGUAAUGUCGUAACGUAUAUAGGCUUCUGUUAAUGUAAUAGGUAUCCAUUCUAUUUUAUAAUAAUAAUAUGUGAUGUUUUCUUUUACUUAAUUAUACAGUGUCAGUUUCAAAA